CUCAAACCAAACAUACCUUAAAUAUUUUGACCAAAACUCAAAAAAGGAAGAGAGGAACCAGGGAGUAGUAGCCGCCGCCGCAGCUGCCACCUCAUCAUCCCCUCGUCGUCGCUCAAGAGCCGCGGGACUUGAAUUUCACAGCUAUUCUUUUAGAUUUGUUUGCAUUGAGAAUUCUCCAUACUGAGAAUGGAAUCCAAAAACGAGUGGAUGGACACCAACAUCCAAUCCCCACUUGCAAAAGAUCCGGCGACACCGCCGUCCUCCCAAAAUUUGCGCCAGUGGAGACCAGCUGCACAGCGGAAUCUCAAAAACCAGUGGUUGAAAUUGGCUUCUCUAUGGAAGGACUGGCUCUCUUCUUCCCCUACUGCUCGCUCCCACGCCGCUUCUUUAGUAAACUCUUAUCUCUCGCAGAGGUACAUGGAUGGAAUGGAGUUUGGAGUUUUGAGUGAAAUGCCAGAAAUACAAAAGAAAGCAUGCCACAAGCUAUUCAAGCAGCAGGUGAUCAAUAAGGAUCAGCUACUGUCAUCCUACAAAACAUUGGUUGGGAUUGUUACUCAAAUGGUAAACGCUUCAAGAUCUAUGAGGUGUUAUCGCAAAGGGAUGAGCAGCAGCCCAAUUAUACAGUUUGCUUGCAGCCCUCCUGUUGAUAAUAAUCAUCUGAAUGACACUGGCGGUGAUGGCGGUGGAGUUCCUGUGUUCACCUUUUUGCCAGUAUCUUCUUUCGAGCAAAUGGCCGAAGAGCUGGUUCGAAUGCUAGAAUCUGAAAUUAACUUAAAGCGGUUACUUGUGAUGGAAUUUAUCUCCAUUAGUGACAAAGACAACUGCAUGGAUUGGUCAGAAGAGUUGUAUCUAGGGGAGUUCAAUGAUCUCUUUAUAUGCGGUUUGUACACCAAUGAGCCAAUUUUUCCAGGUCACACAAACUGCAAAUCAAACUCACCUGCGAAUUCAUCUAGUGAUCAAGCAGAGAGGAAUAUUCUCCAGGUAUACUUGACAACAUGGCUCGCAGAAGUGAAAAUUGACAGACACAGGAUUGAUGAAAUAUUCUCUAUAGUAGGAGAGGAAAUGCAUGUCAGUCUCACCUGAAGUUGCUAGCUCCCAUGGAGGAAUCUGAGAGCUUAGAAACUAUGGCCUUGUUUGGGAACAACUUUUUCCGUUGGCGUUUUGGAUAUAAAACAAAAAUUGGGCACCAAGAGUAGUUGAUUUGAACACAAGAAUGUGACAAUAUAUUCUCUAUUCCUUUCAGCAUCACAUUGCUUUGUUCAGCCUUGAUGUUCUUCACGGCCGGCAUUUGAUUUGCAGGAAGUAGUUCUGAGCAGGUAGGAACAGUGUUGAGACAAUAAUCUUAGGUUAUGUUUGGUACGACUCAUACGUGUAAUGUAAUGAUUAUCACAUAUAUAUAUAUGUUGUAUUGAGUUAACUUUGUUUGGUUUUACAUUAUAGUAGUGAAAUCAUAAAAACAAAUGUAUAGCCUUUUG